AUGCCUUUUGGUGGUUUAGCUGGUUUGAAGGAACAGGUGCUGAAGCCUGGGAAGGAGGAAGUGAAGAGCACAGUGGGGGACUCUCUAGGAAAGCUGCAAAGGAAAAUAGAUGGUAGUAACGUAGAAGAAGAGGAUAACAUUGAACUGACAGAGGAUGGACGUCCGGUGGCUUCAGCGCCACGUUCUCCCCCACUGCUGGACUGCAGCUGUGGAGGUCUGCCCAAGCGCUACAUCAUCGCCAUCCUCAGCGGGCUGGGCUUCUGCAUCUCCUUUGGCAUCCGCUGCAACCUCGGUGUGGCCAUUGUGGAGAUGGUGAACAACAACACCGUCUACAUCAAUGGGACUCCUGUGCUUCAGAAAGCUCAGUUUAACUGGGACCCGGAGACAGUGGGGUUGAUCCACGGCUCCUUCUUCUGGGGUUACAUUGUCACUCAGAUCCCUGGUGGUUUCAUCUCCAACAAGCUGUUUGCCAACAGGGUGUUUGGGGCUGCCAUUUUCCUGACAUCAGUGCUCAACAUGUUCAUCCCGUCAGCAGCGAGGGUGCACUACGGCUGUGUCAUGUUUGUCCGCAUCCUGCAGGGCUUAGUGGAGGGUGUCACCUAUCCAGCAUGUCACGGGAUGUGGUCAAAAUGGGCGCCACCUCUUGAACGGAGUCGACUGGCCACAACUUCAUUCUGUGGAUCCUACGCAGGAGCAGUGAUCGCCAUGCCUUUGGCUGGAGUGCUCGUUCAGUACGUCGGAUGGUCUUCGGUCUUCUAUGUCUAUGGUGUUUUUGGGAUCAUAUGGUAUGUCAUGUGGCUCCUGCUGGCAUAUGGAAGUCCCGCUGAACAUCCCACAAUCUCUGACGAGGAGAGGACGUACAUCGAGACCACCAUUGGUGAAACAAUGCGCCAACUGAGUGUCACUGAGAAAUUCAAGACUCCAUGGCGUCGUUUCUUUACAUCCAUGCCCGUCUAUGCCAUCAUCGUGGCCAACUUCUGCCGCAGCUGGACCUUCUACCUGCUCCUCAUUAGCCAGCCGGCAUAUUUUGAGGAAGUCUUUGGCUUCCCCAUCAGCAAGGUGGGGAUCCUGUCCGCCGUACCCCACAUGGUGAUGACAAUUGUAGUUCCUAUCGGAGGGCAGCUGGCUGACUUCUUACGCAGUAAUAAAAUCAUGUCUACCACAAAUGUGAGGAAACUCAUGAACUGUGGAGGGUUUGGUAUGGAGGCUACUCUGCUGUUGGUGGUGGGGUUUUCUCACACUCGAGGGGUCGCCAUCACCUUCCUCGUUCUGGCUGUAGGGUUCAGUGGAUUCGCCAUCUCAGGUUUUAACGUCAAUCAUUUGGAUAUUGCUCCUCGCUAUGCCAGCAUCCUGAUGGGCAUUUCUAAUGGGGUGGGAACGCUGUCAGGAAUGGUGUGUCCUCUGAUUGUUGGAGCCCUGACAAAACACAAGACUCGUCUGGAGUGGCAGAAUGUCUUUGUUAUUGCGUCCAUGGUGCAUUACUCAGGAGUCAUCUUCUACGCUAUCUUUGCCUCGGGAGAGCAGCAGGACUGGGCCAACCCUGAGAGCACCAGCGAGGAUAGAUGUGGCAUUAUUGAUGAGGACGAGCUGGCUGAAGAGUCAGAGCUCAACAUGGAGAGUGCGGUGGCUCCAAAAAGGAGUUACGGCACCGCAGACAAUUCAUCUGGUCGAAUACAGGGCUGGAAAAAGAAGAAAGGGGUGACCAUGCAGGAGGAGGAGGAACAUUUUGGGAAUGGUGACUACCAGGACCGUUACCAGUGAGACGCCCUGUGGGGCAAAGGACUUCCAAAACAUUCUGGAGGAGGCUUAAAGAUUGAUAUCACACCUGUGGAAAUGUCAGAAACAUCAGAGAAGUGACAGGAGCAGCAACAUCAUAUGUACCUCAAGACGGACGUUUUUCAUUUUUGGUCAAUACUCCAGUAUAACUGGGAUGUACAGUAACGUCAAAAAAUGAUCAAAUCAAGCAUAAUGUUUAUUAUAAAUCCAUUAGGACAAAAUAAGAAACAAGGAAACAACAAAUACAUGAUAUAAUCAGAACAAUAGAUUUAAUCUACACUGACAUAAACUGUAGACUAGUAUGCUUAGUGUAACAGAAAGUGAACCACAGACCAACAUUCACGAACCAACUGUGUUAAAAGAAUGUUAGAAACACAUAUCAGCUUUUAAACCUGACUUUACUUUCCCUGUGAACAGUUUUUAAAAUGUUUUGUGUCAGCUAUGCAACAUGAAAAGAGAUGUGCUUCUGGAAUGUAAUAAUGGGUUUAACAGCAGUGUUGAUGUUAUGAGCCUUAUUUUUAUUUAUUUUGCUUGUAUGUAUUUGCUGUUGCUGAAUGAUUGCACUUUGUUGCCGCUUAGCUCGCUCUCCUCGUCCGAGCAGGUCUUGGUUCACCAUGCACUUCCUCCGGCAUUAUGGUAGCUCCAUUAUUUAUGGUGUUGUGAGCUCAUAAUGGGACGUAAUGGAUGGGGAGUUCAGUGCUGACGUCACUCCAUGAAGCAUUUAGUGUAACUAUUUAUUCUCCAGGUGUUUGUCUUUUUUGCAAUUCCGCAGUGUUUGAUACAUGGAGACCCAGUUUGGUUCUAAAAACAACGUACUGUAAUGUUUAAUCAUAAAAGAGUAUGGGAACACUCACUGUUUAUCAUUACUGCUAAAGAAGAGACAUUUUGUACAGUAAAUUAUUAUCUUAUUGUUUGAGAGAGCAUUGAUUUGAUUUGCACUUUACUUGAAAACACUGGAGAUGUAAUAAACUACAUUUCUAUUAUGUAAUGAGAUUGUUUAGAGACAUAAAGUCCUGUGGAGGUUUUGAAAUAUUGAGUACUUGUAUGAGGUUCAUGUUAAUGUGUGUAUUCAAAGAAAUUAUAA